CCAUAUAAGCCUGAGUUCAUCCUGUCUAAGUGACAAAAAUAGUUCAUUGGGGACUAGUCAUGACUACCUCAACAGUCAUUCUGCUUGUCCUUCUCCUGGGAACGCUGAACACAGUCAGGUGUCAGUAUGAAGAGGCAAUAUCAGAGGAUGUUGAAGAGGGUGGCCCACUUGCUUUAGACAAUCUCUCAGAGGAGGAUAACACAGUGUCCAUUCAGAUUGAAAGGGCUGCUGACAAGAAGGAAGAUGAUAUCCCUGAAGAGGAGAAGUACACUGUGUCUGCUCUGAUUGAAAAGGCCAAUGAGAAUGCAGGACAACUGCUUGAUGACCCGGAGAUCAGAGAGGGUGAUAUUGCAGUGCACACUGGGUUCCAGAAUGCUGACCCCUGCACCUCCCGUGGCUGCAAGUGGCCUCGUUCCCGGAAUGGCUUAGUCUAUGUCCCUUACUACAUCUCCAACCAGUACUCGUCCCGCGAAAGAGCCACCAUUGAGAAAGGCCUGCAGUCUUUUGCCCAGUCCACCUGUAUCCGCUUCGUCAGACGCUCAAGGCAGAGAGACUAUGUGCACAUCCAGUCACGCGGAGGGUGCUGGUCCUACGUGGGGCGUAGAGGUAACGAGCAGAUUGUGUCCCUGGCUCGACGAGGGUGUGUGUACCACCAGGUGAUCCAGCAUGAGCUUCUGCACGCCCUGGGCUUCAACCACGAGCAGACCCGCAGUGAUCGUGACCGAUACGUUCGUAUUUACUACCAGAACGUCCUCAGGGGACAAGAGCACAACUUUAGAAAGAUUAACACCAACAACCUGGGCACCCCCUAUGACUAUGGUUCAGUCAUGCAUUACGGAAGGUAUGCCUUCUCUGCAAACCGGCAGCCCACCAUUGUCCCCUAUCCCAACGCCAAUGUGCAGAUCGGGAGGGCCACUCAGAUGAGCCGCAUGGACAUCCUGCGGGUCAACCGCCUCUAUGGAUGCAAAAAAGCUGGGCUGUGAAGAUCCCAGACCACAAUUCAAAAGAAGAAGUGGCUUUCCCGCUCAAUUGCAUGAAUGAAGGCAGUAUGUUUUAAAAAAGAACAAAAAAGAAAAGAGAAGUUGUCUGAUUGUGUACCCUUCUAACAGGACUGUUUUGCUAUAAUACUACACGUUUAUAUUAAUGCAAACCCUUGCCUAUACACAAUGAUUCAAUGCUUAAGCUUUCAUGUUUAAUAAAGUUGGGUGAAGUGAAA